AUGACAGAGAAAAAUACAUAUUAUCAAGUUUGGAAUGCUAUUCCAAUUGAAUCUGAUACAGAUCUCUCAAUAGAAUUUAAUGAGGAGACGAGUAAAAUGGUUGAAAUUAUUAAAGAAUUAAAUACUUUAGAAGCAGUUGAUGAUUUAAAUUUUUCUAAAUUUAUAGAUGAUUAUAGAAAUCAUCAUUAUAAUAAUCCAAAUUUAAAAAAGAGAUUGUUAAGGAUUGCUUGGAAAAGUUUAGAAAAUAGCGGAUUAAAUCUAGAUCCUCAUAAUAUUGCGAAAUAA